GUUGUGUUACAUACCUCCGUUCGUUGAGUUUCUCUGAAUGUUGGUUUUGUUUUCUGUGCUGUGAGCUGCCUCCUGCUGGUAGAGUGGAGAAAAGAGGGCGAAUAGAGGUCCAAAUAAAGGGAAGGUCGAAGUAGGGCAACCAAAUCAGCAAGGGAAAGAAAGCGACAGAGUGCAUCGUCUUGUCACUCAGUGCAUGUGGAGAGGGGAAAGAUCUGCUGUAUAGUUAUAUUUUUGUGUGUUAAAUUUGUUUUCAUUACAUUGUUUUUAGGUUUAAAAAAAUCACUUGUCAGCCGACAUGGCAGCGACGGGUUUGCGAGCAUCCUACCACCGGCUAAUGAACAAAAUCGAGUUUAUUUUGCCGGUGAAGCUGAGACCCUUGUACAACCACCCGGCAGGUCCAAGAACUGUUUUCUUCUGGGCCCCUGUAAUGAAAUGGGGCUUGGUAUUUGCAGGGUUAGCAGACAUGACCCGGCCGGCAGAAAAACUCAGUACCUCACAGUCAGCAGUGUUGACCGCCACAGGUUUAAUUUGGUCCAGAUACUCUCUGGUCAUUAUUCCAAAAAACUGGAGCCUAUUUGCUGUUAACUUCUUUCUGGGUUGUGCCGGAGGAUCCCAGCUUUACCGUAUCUGGCAAUAUGACCGGGAGCUUAAAGCAAAAGAAAAACAACAAAAAGAAACAGAGUCUCUUCAGUCAUGAGUGAAAAUUAAUCCUGAUCCAGGGAUUGAAAGGGAGCUAGGUUAAAUAUUCAUUUUAAAUCAUCCUAAGCCUUUCUUAUUAAGAGAAAUGGACCUAGAUAACCAUUGUUAUGAGGUGGAGAUUACUGUUUGAUUAACGCACAGUUAGAAUGAAGAAAGCACUAGCUUUUUUUUAAUUAUAUAUAUAUAUAAAUAUAUAUAUAUAUAUAUAUAUAUAUAUAUAUAUAUAUAUAUAUAUAUAUAUAUAUAUAUAUAUAUAUAUAUAUAUAUAUCAAUACAUGUAGUGUUUCUUUUAUAAAUUAAUUGAAAAUGUCUGGUCUUUUGAUGGUCUUCUGGUCUUCUGGUCUUUUGAACAGGUUUUUUGUUUAAGAUUCUACACUGAUUUCCAUGGCCUGUUACUGGUUUUAAACUGUAUCAAGGAUCGUCUCCCAAUAAAUAUAAAAAUUCUCUCA